UUAUAUGAAAACCACGAGGAAUUUAAAUUAAUUCAUAAAAAUAACUAGAUAAAAAGUACUAAUUUGAUUCUAUUGAUUCGAGUUCCCGGGCGACGUUGCAACGGCGCAUGCUCGAAAAGCGCUCUGAAAAUUCGCGACUACGGCUGCUGAAGGUCCGGUUGGUUUCAAAUAAGUAAUUUGAUAACCGCGUAAGAUGGGUAAGGAGAAGACUCAUAUUAAUAUUGUGGUGAUCGGCCACGUGGACUCCGGCAAGUCCACCACCACCGGCCACCUCAUUUACAAAUGUGGUGGCAUCGACAAACGUACCAUCGAGAAGUUUGAAAAGGAAGCCCAGGAGAUGGGCAAGGGAUCCUUCAAGUAUGCUUGGGUAUUAGACAAGUUAAAAGCAGAGCGUGAGCGCGGUAUCACGAUCGAUAUUGCACUGUGGAAAUUUGAAACUGCUAAGUACUAUGUGACAAUCAUCGACGCACCCGGACAUAGGGACUUCAUCAAGAACAUGAUCACUGGCACUUCCCAGGCGGAUUGCGCUGUUUUAAUAGUGGCUGCCGGUACGGGAGAGUUCGAAGCGGGCAUCAGCAAGAACGGUCAGACGCGCGAGCACGCGCUCCUUGCCUUCACGCUUGGAGUAAAGCAGCUGGUCGUGGGCGUCAACAAGAUGGACUCCACCGAGCCGCCUUACCACGAGGCCCGCUACGAGGAGAUCAAGAAGGAAGUGUCCUCUUAUAUCAAGAAAAUUGGCUACAACCCGGCCACCGUGGCGUUCGUGCCCAUCUCGGGCUGGCACGGCGACAACAUGCUGGAGCCCUCCGACAAAAUGCCCUGGUUUAAGGGGUGGACCGUCGAACGCAAGGAGGGCAAAGUAGAGGGGAAGUGUCUCAUUGAGGCGCUGGACGCGAUCCUGCCGCCGUCGCGGCCCACGGAGAAGCCGCUGCGGCUGCCGCUGCAGGACGUGUACAAGAUCGGCGGCAUAGGCACCGUGCCCGUCGGCCGCGUCGAGACCGGCAUCCUCAAGCCCGGCAUGGUGGUUGUAUUUGCGCCGGCGGCCAUCACCACCGAGGUGAAGUCCGUGGAAAUGCACCACGAGGCGCUGCAAGAGGCGAUGCCCGGUGACAACGUCGGAUUUAACGUCAAGAACGUGUCGGUGAAGGAGCUGCGCCGCGGCUACGUGGCCGGCGACUCCAAGAACUCGCCCCCCAAGGGCGCCGCCGACUUCACCGCGCAGGUGAUCGUGCUGAACCACCCGGGACAGAUCAGCAACGGCUACACGCCGGUGCUGGAUUGCCACACGGCGCACAUCGCCUGCAAGUUCGCCGAGAUCAAGGAGAAGUGCGACCGCCGAACCGGCAAAACCACGGAGGUGGACCCGAAGUCGAUAAAGUCUGGCGACGCGGCAAUCGUGACGCUGGUGCCGACCAAGGCGCUGUGCGUCGAGUCCUUCUCGGAGUUCCCGCCGCUCGGCCGCUUCGCCGUGCGCGACAUGCGCCAGACCGUCGCCGUCGGCGUCAUCAAGAGUGUCAACUUUAAAGAAGUCACCACUGGAAAAAUCACGAAGGCUGCCGAGAAGGCCCAGAAGAAGAAAUAACUAUGGAGCAGUUUAAAUAUAAUACUGCAGCCGGUGAACAUCGUCCGCUGCGCAACGCCUCGUUCUGUCGUGCUCCUCUGUACGGUUCCGGUCAUCCCCCCUUCCCCUAUCGCUAGCCCGCCGGCCACCGGCGCCCCGCGCGACCCCCUCGUAGCCUCCCUUACUCAUCGGAGCUUCUUCACUGGUGACAUCACGCUCAUCCCUCAAGUAUGCAUUUAUCAUAGCACGAUAUUGUUAAAGUUAGUUCGUUUUAGUUACGCUUACGUGUUAAGUUUAUGUAUUUGUGAUUAUUUUAGUCGUAAGUUACUCUCAAAGUUUGAGUUUCCAUAUCUACAAGCUCGUUACGUUUUGUUUUUUCAUCGCAAGGAGUUCAGAAGGAAAACCAAUGGUAUUGUGGUUGAAUUUUUAAACCACGUCACAACACAAAAUUCGCUAACUUGUACGAUUAAGGGCGAAUUUUCUUCAAAUAUGUAUACUUUUUCAUUUAUACCGAGCUCAUCAAAAACUCUGGUAAAACUUUGUAGAACUAUUAUAGUACUGAACUCUUUUUUUCUGUCCAAUUGCUAGGUGUAAAGAGUUAUAGUAAUGCGUUAGUACUCAAAAAUUUAUUGGAUAUAAUAUUGCUGUCUACCUCCAGGAAGUUUUUUUCACUAGCUUUAGAAAUUUGUUGUGCACCUUGAUACUUAAGUAGGUAUUGGAAAUAUUUAAGUAUUUACAUAAUUUUUAAACAUGUUAGUUGAUUUAUUCUACUUCCGUAAUACCCUAAUAGUGGCGGAGGAGUGAAUUAAUGUGUCAACAUGACGAAUAGAAAGCAAAGGGUCCGUUGAUUAUAAAUCUGUUCCCUAAAGUUGAGUACUUACUGAGUUACAUCAGUCGCAUCGCAUUAGACGUUAAACGUCUCUAACAACAAUUGGGAAAGUGUGAGCUGUAGAUAAUUCAAUGUUAUGCUUUGUUGUUAGUUAUAUAAAAGAUAGUCAUAUUUAUAAUUUCACAAACAUAAUUUAAAACUAACGUCAUUAUUGUGUAGGGUUUAAUAAUUCAAAGCAAUAAAUCCAUUACGUUGUUCUUUUCAAAUUUUAUGAAUUAUGAUAUGAUACAUAGUAAAUGUACAACUUCUUACAUAAAACAAAACUCAUUUUAAGCUAAUGUAACUUUGUAAUGUGUUUUCAAUAAUUUUGUAAAGACCUUUGAUCCCGAUAAACCAAUAAAGAAGCUACUGGUAUAAGAA